CUUUAGUAUUAUUUACUGUAAUCAAAGGUCUAUAAGACAUAGUAUGAUAAAAAGUUAUUUGUAACAAGUGUGUCCACCCCGUUCAAUUAAUUUGAAUUGUACAAGAAAAAUGAAAAAGGCUAAGAAAACUGAUCCCGAAAAACCUGGUAGUAAAGUUUCGUUUGAACAGCCAGAUAGUAAUAUGACUAGCGUUGCCAUAAAAAAGUAUGACGAACUUAUACGAUGUACAAAUGUAUUGGCUGAAGGCAUUGAAACUGAGUUUCUAAAGUUUGUUACCCAUCAAGACAAAUGUCGUGAAAAAUGGCAUGUCACUGAAGAAGAAAAUCACAUGAUGAAAAAAGAUAUGGCAAAAUAUAAGGCUGAAACAGAUACUUUAGUGGUAAAACUGAAGCAUGCAAGGAAUCAAUUAGAUUCUGAAAUGAGGAAGCGUUUAAAAGCAGAACAAUCAGUUGACCAUAUGGCUCGUCAACUUCAGUUAAUUAAAGAAUUGCUGCUGGAUAAAGAUAAUACACAUCAAUUGAGUUCUGUUGAUAGACAAGCACUUGCUCAAUCUUUGAAUAAUUAUAGCUCUGCAAACAAUAAUAGACAUGGGGAGGUGGGACUUAUGAACCAGAGCUACACAUUUGAAGAGUCUGGUAGUGUAUUAUCGCCAUCAGAUUACGAUAUGACAGAUGAUGAUAUAUUGGAUGAAACAGGAAGUUCUAUGGGACCGCACAAAGGAAAGUCUCACAAAAGGGGAAGACCAUCAGCUCCUUUGUUAGAGACAGAUGAGAUAAGUGAGGAUCCUGAAUAUAUUAAAAGGACUAGAGUUACAGAAGAGGGUACUCUGCAAAAGUAUAACAGAAGACGCAGGUUUCACAAGGUUUCUCAUGUUGUUGAAACUCAUGUGCAGUUAAAAGAAACAAGCCCACACAAAAAUCUUCACUUAACAGAUAGGCUUGAUCAUGAAUUUCCAAGACCUCCUCCACAGGAAAAGCGCUUACCUUCACGUCAACAUUUGAAGGAAUCUGCCACAAGCAGUGAAGUCACUGAAUUAAGCGAUGAUGCUAAAAGUAAUUCUGAAGCAGCUCCCAGCUUUACAUUAUCACGUUAUCGACAUCAACAACAACAACAACAACAACAAAAGACAAUGAUCAAGCAAAACACUAUAUCAAAUAUAUAUCCUAGCCUUGAUCAUCUCACAUCACCAAAGAAAAAGUUUAAUACAAUUUCCUCUCCUCGAAUGGCUCGCAAGGAACUGGCUCAUUCUUUUGUUACUAAGAUUGCAGUAAAAUUAGAAGCAUGUGGACCGUGCAAAAAAAAAGUUCGAUUUGGAAGUUCAGUUGCAAAGUGUAAAGAAUGCAAAGUUGUCUGCCAUCUUGAAUGUAAAGAUGAUGUUCCUUUACCUUGUCUUCCAAGUAGCAAUACGCCUGGAAGUAAAAAGCAGAAGGAAGGUACAAUUGAAUAUUAUUUGACCAAUAAAUCAAUGAAAGUUCCUCCCAUUGUUCAAAAUUGUAUUGAAGAAAUAGAGAAGCGUGGAUUAAAGGAAACAGGUCUAUACAGAAUUCCAGGUGCAGAGAAAGAUGUUAGAGAACUAAAAGAGAAGUUUCUUCGAGGAAAAACUCCUGACUUGAGCAAGUAUCACGAUGUUCACGUUAUAUGUGGAUGUCUAAAAGAUUUUUUAAGAGGUUUGAGUGAACCCUUAGUAACUUUUGGAUUGCACGAGUCUUUUAUUUGCGCCGCUGCUUUGAGUGACGAGGAUGAUAGUUUAAGUGCUAUGUACCAAUGUGUAAGUGAACUUCCACAAGCAAAUCGCGACACGUUAGCUUUAGUCAUAGUUCAUCUUCAGCAUGUUGCGCAAUCUCCUCAGACACAAAUGUGUAUUUCAAAUCUUGCGAAAGUUUUUGGUCCUACCAUAGUUGGUCAUCGAUCACAAAACCCAACUCAUAUGGAAAUGUUAGAAGAUAUUAAAUCACAACCAGAGGUUGUUUGUCGAUUGUUAGAGAUGCCUUCAGACUACUGGAAUCAGUUUAUUGGCAGCAACCCUGCUUCAAAAACUCCUCCUUAUAAUCCCGGGUAUUUUACUGCCACACCUACUACACCUGAGCGGAAACCUGAAGUUUUUUCAGAGAGUCGUUUAGGACCUUACAACAAAGAAAAUAAUGAUCCCCGGAAAUUUUCCGCUAUGACUCCAAAAGUAAAAUCGAGUAAAGACUCAAAGCGCCAGUACUUCAAUUCACCCUCGUAAUAUAUAUUUAAAAGUUUCUUAAGGAAAGAAUUAAAAACUGAUACGAGAAUGUCGGUGAAUAAUUCGAUAACAUUGCGUAAAAUUGCCUAUUAAAUUUGAAAAUUUAAAAGACUCCUUGGAAUUAUAAAAAUAGCAUGUUAAUUGCGUUUUGUUCUUUUAUAAGAAUAAUAUCAAGAAAGCUCUUUCGGGUUUUAAAAUAUUCUUUUCACUUUGUUUUUUUUAUAUCGCUUUUGAUCCAAUCAUGAAAUUUAAAACUUUUUAGAGAUUUUAAAAUUUUUCAAAAUUUUACUGUCCUCCAUAUUUUUAUAAGUAUAAUUUUAGUUAAAGUGUUUAACUUAACAAAUUUUUUAUGAGUUAAAAAUUUUGAGAUUCUUCAUCAGUUUUAAAACCCUUACUUUACUAAGGUAAU